UGUCUCUGAUAAUGAAUGACAGAUUCAGAAGUCACAUAAUAGUGGAAUAGCAUCUCCAGCUUCUGUGUGUACACGUUUGUGACAGGUGUCGAAUAGUUUCACAACCUGUACAGAAGACGACGAAGCAAGUCCAACGAUGCCUGGAGAACAGAGCCUGAAGGCUGCAGUAGAGCCUGCUGUAGAUACGGGAGAGCUCCAUCUGAAGAAGACUGUAUUCCUGGCAUACACAGAUGUGGCAGCGGUUGGCAGUCGUGCCCUACUUGGAAUCAAUAUGCGCAAAGAGUACUACAGCCUUGACGUUCCUGAGAUAGCCAAUUGUAGACCAGCAUGCGUACGAGAUGUGGCCCCUGAAGCUACUGAACAAGACUUCCAGUCAGUCCAAAUCCUCAACUGUAAAUAUGAACAGGAUGCUGAGGAGUUCUCUGUGGUAGUGGUCAACACUCACCUGCCUGGUGACAAGUGCCACUAUGUUGCAAGAAAAAUAAUGAACCUCUGUAUAGAAGGUAAUGUGGAGAAGAUAAUACUCCUGACCAGCCUCCAUGUUGACAUAGAACACAACCCAGACCAUCCCAUGCUGGAGAAUACAUUCAACACAUCACCAGUGACGUCGCAUCCCUCUCUUCCCUGUUGUACAAAGAUCUGCGAUCCAUUCCUCUGUACCAUGAUACAGAUGAUACAGAUCGAGGGGAUGGCCUGUAACUGUCUCAUCAUUCCUGGAUACCGGGUCUCAUCAGGGAAAGCCAACACUGAGGACGGAACUCACCAGAUGAUCUGUCUGUUCCAACAAACACUAGAGGACCUCACGAACCUCCGCUUUGACAGACAGCUGAGUCUAAAUAUGCUGUAUCGAGAUUCCCCUGACAACGAAGACGACAUGGUUUCCCUGAUGUAUGUCUGAAUGCUGUUGCAUUAUGGAGCAAUUGAUACUGAUGAUGAUGAUGAGCACUGGCUGAAACCAGUCUGCACAGCAAAGUGGCUGCAUGUAUUCAUGGAGGGAAGAACAAGAUGGACACAAAAUUUGUAAAGUGGAUGAGUACAGCAGGAGCUAUUUCAAAUGAUCACAGACUUCGUCAUGGAAGAUUCAAACAGAUGCGACAGUUAUGAAGGGCAGAUAAACGAUAUAAAUAUUUAACAUUUA